ACCCGUUUGCAAAAGAGCCAUCCUCCUCCUCCUCCUCCUCCGCUCCCCACGUCUCACCCCCCACAGGCUAGGGUUUCUCCAAUGGCGGCGGCGGGCUCCUCCAGGCGCGGGCCGAUGGACGACGACAAGCUGACCUUCGAGACCUCGGCGGGGGUGGAUGUCGUGGGAAGCUUCGACGCGAUGGGCAUCCGCGAGGACCUGCUCCGCGGCAUCUACGGCUACGGCUUCGAGAAGCCCUCUGCCAUCCAACAGCGCGCCGUCGUCCCCAUCAUCGCCGGCCGCGACGUCAUCGCCCAGGCCCAGUCCGGCACCGGCAAGACCUCCAUGGUCUCCCUCUCCGUCUGCCAGGUCAUCGACACCAACAUCCACGAGGUGCAAGCAUUGAUACUGUCACCAACUAGGGAACUGGCCACACAAACAGAGAGGGUGAUGCAAGCUGUUGGGAACUACAUGAGUGUCUCUGUGCAUGCCUGUGUCGGUGGCAAAAGUAUCGGUGAGGAUAUUAGGAAGCUUGAGGCUGGAGUGCAUGUUGUUUCAGGAACCCCAGGCAGAGUAUGUGAUAUGAUCAAGAGAAGGACCUUGCGCACAAGAGCCAUCAAGCUCCUAGUCCUGGAUGAAGCCGAUGAGAUGUUGACCAGAGGUUUUAAGGAUCAGAUCUAUGAUGUCUACAGAUACCUCCCCCCAGAACUUCAGGUUGUCUUGAUCUCUGCAACUCUGCCCCAUGACAUCUUGGAGAUAACUAGCAAGUUCAUGACUGAUCCAGUCAGGAUCCUUGUAAAGCGUGAUGAGUUGACCCUAGAGGGCAUGAAACAAUUCUUUGUUGCUGUUGAGAAGGAAGAGUGGAAGUUUGAUACGCUGUGCGAUCUUUAUGAUACACUGACCAUCACCCAGGCUGUCAUUUUCUGCAAUACUAAGAGAAAGGUGGAUUGGCUUACUGAAAGGAUGCGCACCAACAACUUUACAGUAUCAGCUAUGCAUGGUGACAUGCCUCAAAAGGAAAGGGAUGCGAUUAUGAGUGAGUUCAGGAGUGGCACGACCCGUGUUCUGAUCACAACAGAUGUUUGGGCUCGAGGGCUGGAUGUUCAGCAGGUCUCUCUUGUCAUUAAUUAUGAUCUCCCGAAUAAUCGUGAGCUUUACAUCCAUCGCAUCGGUCGCUCUGGGCGUUUUGGGCGCAAGGGUGUGGCGAUCAACUUUGUGCGCAAGGACGACAUCCGCAUCCUGAGGGACAUUGAGCAGUACUACAGCACGCAGAUCGAUGAGAUGCCGAUGAACGUCGCCGAUUUGAUCUGAGCUCUGGACCGGAGCGGUCUCUCCCUCUCUGCGGGUGGAUGUUUGGUCAUGACGACUAUUCAGGUUUCCGUUGUUCCUUUUCGGCGGGUAUGAACGAAUAUGAAGUGUUUAUAUUCUUUCUUGGAGAACCAGCUCUGGCCAACGUGGCAGGCACUCUGCUCAUUGAACUUGUUAUUUUAAGUUCUAUCUAUGUUAUGUUUUGGUGUUGAUGCUAUAAUGCCAUGACCCUAUAAAUUGCUUAAA